GUGCACAUGCUCUAAUAACAAAGACUGUUCAAAAUCAAAGCCGCCUCUCCCUCUCCCUCUCCGUCGUCCUGUAUUUUGAUACAGGUCGUUGAAUGGAAUAGGUCCGUUCUCUCAUCAUCAUCAUCAUCAUCAUCAUCAUCAUCAAUGGCGUCAUACACAAACAAGUCCCUCAUCUCGCCAACGAAUACUCUCUCUGUCUAGAAGACGCCCUGCUUCAAAAUGUCAACACGAUACAACACAGGGUCUUUGAAUUGAAUAUGUCUCUCAUAGUCGAUGUUCCCUUAACAAAUAAAAUAAAACCCCAAACCCAAUUCUCUCUCUUCUCUCUCUCUCUCUUCUCUCUCUCUCUCUGUCCACAUGCCUAGCGUAACGGUGAAGCUCUACAGCGUCCUCUUCAAGUUCCUCCUAAAACGCCAAUUACAAACCCUAAUCCAAUCCUCCCUCCUCUACUCCAACCCCACCCACCCCUUCGGCACCACCGCCCGCCCCGAGGAACCCACCGCCGCCUCUAACCCCACCUUCUCCGCCCCCGACGGCGUCGCUACCAAGGACAUCCACAUCGACCCCUUCACCUGCCUCUCCGUCCGAAUCUUCCUCCCCAACACCGCCCCCACCUCUGUUGUUGUUUCCAAGACUUCCGGUUACGCCCCCGCCGUCGACAACCCGCGCCGCCGUAACCUCUACCGGAAGCUGCCGAUCGUCGUGCAGUUCCACGGCGGGGGGUUUGUGAGCGGGAGGAAUGAUGGGGUAGCUAAUGACUUGUUUUGCAGGCGGAUGGCAAGGUUGUUGGACGCGGUGGUGGUGGCGGUCGGAUACAGGCUUGCGCCGGAGAAUCGGUAUCCGGUGGCGUUCGAGGACGGAGUGGCGGUGCUGAAUUGGUUGGGGAAGCAGGCGAAUUUGGCGGAUUGUGUUGGUCGUGAUGGUGGGGAUUUUAGGAGGUUUGAUGGUCGUCGGCGACAGCAGCAGCUUACUGAUGGAUUAGGAGCGUCGUUGGUGGAGCCUUGGUUGGCUGCUCAUGGGGAUCCGUCUAGGUGUGUUCUCCUUGGAGUGAGCUGCGGUGCUAAUAUUGCGGACUAUGUUGCCCAAAAAGCAGUGGAAGCAGGCAAGCUUUUAGACCCUGUAAGGGUAGUGGCACAAGUGCUAAUGUACCCUUUCUUCAUAGGGAGUAUUCCCACACGCUCUGAGAUCAGAUUGUCAAACUCCUACUUUUACGACAAAGACAUGAGCAUCCUUGCGUGGAAACUCUUCCUCCGUGAGGAAGAAUUCGACCUUGAUCACCCUGCUGCCAACCCCCUCCUCCUGAAAAGACGACAAACACCCUUGAAAGACAUGCCUCCUACUCUAACAGUUGUGGCAGAACACGACUGGAUGCGAGACAGGGCUAUUGGAUACUCUGAGGAACUUCGGAAAGUUAACGUGGAUGCACCACAUCUUGAUUAUAAGGACACCGUACAUGGGUUUGCUACCCUUGAUGUGCUCCUCAAGACACCCCAAGCCCAGGCUUGUGCUGAAGAUAUUGCUAUAUGGGUUAAGAAGUAUAUAUCGCUGCGAGGCCAUGAGUUUUCUUAUUGACAACUUGAUGAUGGCAGUAGAAUCAGGUGGAAUUGCCGUUAAGUACAGCUUAAGGUCAGAACAUUUUUGCUUCAUUCACUCAGUCGACUUGUGUACAUUCUGUUUAUCUUGGCUUGUUCACCUUGUAAGAUAUACAGUACCAUAUCAGCCUAGGAAUCUUAGGACCAAUUUGUUGUUUCUUUUUUGGUUAGGUUAGGAGGCAUAUUCAUUCAUUUAUUUGUGUUCUUGUUCUUAGAGUACAGGAGGUCAUUGAAUUGAAAUGUGUAUAUACCUUCCACCGACUGCAACCCAUCUCCCCCACCCUUGUGAUUCUUUAGGAGUAAAUUUUACAGAAGAAUGCCAGCAGUUAUGUUACUGAUUUGUUAUCA